CAUAUUCUACCCCAUUAAUACUGUUCAUAUUAUAUUUUACGUUAAUAGAAUAAAAUAUAUACAUAUCCAUAUAAAUCUCUCUCUCUCUCUCUCUCUUCAGAAAUCUGAAGGGUCAAUAUUCUGCGGAAGGUGAGAGUUGAAACAGGGCUUCUCAAGAAUACUUUAAGGUGGGAACAGCAUGGUAUUUAAGUGAUUCCUAAUUCAUCUUUUGCUAAAUCUUGUGUUUUUGCGAAGACAAACGGCACAUUUAACGACUUCGAAGCUUUUGUGUCGACCUAUCUGUUAUGAUGAUGUUUGAUGAUAUGGGGUUUUGUGGUGAUUAUGAUUUCUUCUCGUCUGCUAUUCCGAAGGAAACCGAUGUCUGUGGCCCGCAACCAGUCGAGCAAGAGCCGGUCGUAGAGGAUGAUUAUACUGAUGAGGAGAUGGAUGUGGAUGAACUUGAGAGGAGGGUGUGGAGAGAUAAGAUGCGACUCAAAAGACUGAAAGAAAUGAAUAAAGGUAAGGAAGGUGUCGAUGCUGCUAAGCAACAGCAGUCUCAAGAACAAGCGAGGAGGAAAAAGAUGUCGAGGGCACAAGAUGGGAUCUUGAAAUACAUGUUGAAGAUGAUGGAAGUUUGCAAAGCUCAAGGCUUUGUUUAUGGAAUUAUUCCUGAGAAGGGCAAGCCGGUAAGUGGGGCAUCAGACAAUCUACGGGAGUGGUGGAAGGAUAAGGUACGAUUUGAUCGUAAUGGACCGGCUGCCAUAGCAAAAUACCAAAUGGAGAAUGCAAUCCCGGGGAAGAAUGAGGGGUCAAAUCCUGUUGGUCCGACCCCUCAUACAUUGCAAGAGCUCCAGGAUACAACCCUCGGUUCACUUUUGUCUGCUCUCAUGCAGCACUGCGAUCCCCCUCAGAGGCGGUUUCCAUUAGAGAAAGGUGUUCCACCUCCAUGGUGGCCCACGGGGAAGGAGGAAUGGUGGCAUCAGCUGGGUUUGCAGAAGGAUCAAGGUCCUCCACCGUACAAGAAGCCGCAUGAUUUGAAGAAGGCCUGGAAGGUUGGUGUUUUAACUGCCGUGAUCAAGCACAUGUCUCCCGAUAUUGCUAAGAUCCAUAAACUUGUGAGGCAGUCAAAGUGUUUGCAGGAUAAGAUGACUGCCAAGGAAAGCGCAACUUGGCUUGCCAUCAUUAACCAGGAGGAAACUUUGGCUCGAGAGCUCCACCCCGAUCAAUGUCCACCUUUGUCGUUGUCUGGAGGGAGUGGAACUUUUACCAUGAAUGAUAACUGUGAGUACGAUGUUGAAGGGGUGGAUGACGAGUCUCCCUUCAAUGUUCAUGAGCAAAAACCCAACCCCAUUGGUUUAUUGAAUAUUGGGAUGGAGAGAUUCACUGAUAGACUGCUAGUUCAACAGCAAUCUCAUCCAAUGAAGGAUGAAUUUAUUAACAACUUGGACUUCUCGAGGAAGAGGAAGCUGGGAAAUGAACAGAACACCGUGAUGAAUAAUAAGAUAUAUACGUGCGAGUUCCUUCAAUGUCCUCAGAGUGAUCUCCACCAUGGUUUCUUGGACAGGAUUUCCCGGGACAAUCAUCAACUUGCAUGCCCAUAUAAACAUUCUUCGGAGUUUGGGAACUUCAAUAUUAAUGAAGUGAAGCCAGUCUCCUUUUCUCAAUCACUUGUCGAGGCCAAGUCAGCUGCCUUGCCUGUACAUCCAACUCCACCUCCCAUCGAUCUUACAGGACUUCCGGAAGACGGGCAAAGAAUGAUUAACGAACUCAUGUCCUUUUAUGAUGAUAAUAUUCAAGGGAACAAGAACUCAAAUCCCGGGAACUCUACAGUUACAAAGAUGCAGUCUCUUCAGUUGCCGAGCAUUCAGUGUCAACAGGGUAGCUUCCUUCACAGUCAAGGAAUGGCUUUGCCGGGUAAUAUUUUUGAGGAGACAAACAUGUCCACCAAUCAUCCUAUAUUCCGCACAGCUGAAGAUCGAUUCAACCAGUGCAAGAUUGGAAAUUCUCCCUUCAACUCCAGCCCUAAUGAGAAUUUCCAACUGAUGUUUAGUUCUCCGUUCAAUAUUCCGUCCGUUGACUUUAUUGAAGGUUUUCCUAGUGGUGCAAAGGAUAAUGUGCCAAAGCAGGACUCUACGAUUUGGUAUUAAGACGAUUGACAGAUCAAAGAAUUCACAUACACAAUUAUGAUUCUCAUUACGGUAUUGUUUUUACAAGUAUCCAGUAGUAGAUGCUCAUGGUGUGAACAAGAGUUAAAAUAUUGUACAUUGUACUGUAUUGUCGAGUCGAGUCGAGUACGGUGUACUAGACGUACCAAUUUAGUCAUGAUUGUAAUAAGCCAAGGAUACGGUUCUCUGAAGGCAUUUUACACAUGCGCUGCUAAAUGGUAGACUUGUAGACAUAACACAAAUAAGGUUAGUUUUCUUUUGAUUUUUGUGUCUCUGUACUUGUGAAAUUAAGGUUUGAUGUGUCUAUUGUGGUAACCAGUUAAUGUAAUGAAUUUUUCUUCUUGCACGGCAAACAACCGGCCAAUAGGGGCGCGCCAUGUAGCCCUCUAUUUGCACAA